AUGGGUCACAACGGCUUAGUCAGUGAGAGUGUGGCGGCAGCGCUAAAUAUAGAGCUUAUUUCGUACGUCGUUAGUCGCCAGACCCUUCAUGGAGAAGAUGGUCCAAGCGCUAGCCCCGAAAAUGAAGUGGAGUUGAAUACUCAUAAGGAUCUUGAAGGGUUAGGUUUGUUGCUGGGCCUACGAUUGUCUGAGCGACUACUCUAUCGUCAACCUUCUUUUGGUGAGUGGACUCCUUCGGGUGUAACGCAUUUCGUCGCCCGAACAUUUUGGAAGACUGCGUUUGGGAAAAAAGUAGAUAGAAUGAUGCAUAUGAAUGAUAUUUAUUUUUGUCUUAUUGACAGAAGUUUUCGGUGGCUUGAGGGCUUCCCCAAGAUAAAAGGUGACCGCACAGUCUCCACCAAGGCGGUAUCGCUCUCUGCCUAUGCAGAGGAAUCCGUAACCAAGGAUGAAGCUGCCUCAACCCGUGAUGAAAGACUGGGAGAUAUGCCAAUUCACAAAGACGUUUUGAUUUAUACAGUUGGAAUAUUGAAAGGACUUAUUCGUGUCAUGUACCCUAGUGGACCUCUUGCAAUCCAUGCUAACAUCAACAACGAAAACGAAACUCACUUUGUGCUGGAUUUUAGAUCUACUACUACUUAA